CCAGGGAACACCGGCGGGGCAGCCGGGCGCGCGCGGCCAGGGAGCCAGUUGAGGCCCUCGCUGCCCCUUUAAGCGUUCCCGAAACUUUCCCCCCUGGUAUCCGAUGAGUCUCGUCACAUCCGUUGGCCGUGGCAGCCAGGGCGCGUUCCGAGGAAACUGGGGACUCGAGUUUCCCGGAGAAGAGGCGCGGCCCAAGACAAGCGAGGGUGAACAGGGCAGGCCUGGGUGGACCCGGGCGUACCACGCGCCUCGCUUUGACCUUGGCCAGGGAGGGGGGAGGGGCCCGGUCCUUGCGGGGCAGCCGCUGCCCGCCAGAGGGGGCAGCGGCGACCAACUUGCUUAACUUGGCGCGGGCUGGAGCGGCUCCGGCGCCUCCUCCCCGGUCCUCCUCCCGUCCGCCGCCGCCGCCGCCGGCCCCGCUGCGCGCCCAGCCCUGCCCCGCAGCCCAGCGCGCCGCAGAGUCGCUGAGCCGCUGUCGCCGGACGGGACAGGCCCGGCCAGGCGCGCCCCCCGAGCCCCGCCGCGGGCAUGGGCGCGCUGGUCCGGGCGCUGCUGCUGCCGCUGCUGGCCCAGUGGCUGCUGCGCGCGGCCCCGGCGCCGGCCCCCGCGCCCUUCACGCUGCCUCUCCGGGUGGCAUCGGCCAGCAGCCGCGGGGCGGCGCCCACCCCUGGGCCCGGACCCCCCGCCGAGCCCCGCGCAGACGGCCUGGCGCUCGCCCUGGAGCCCGCCGGGGGUGCAGCCAACUUCUUGGCCAUGGUGGAUAACCUGCAGGGGGACUCUGGCCGCGGCUACUACCUGGAGAUGCUGAUCGGGACGCCCCCGCAGAAGCUGCAGAUACUUGUUGACACUGGAAGCAGCAACUUCGCCGUGGCCGGGGCCCCGCAUCCCUACGUCGACUCAUACUUUGACACGGAGAGGUCCAGCACCUACCGACCCAAGGGCUUUGAUGUCACCGUGAAGUACACGCAAGGGAGUUGGACUGGCUUCGUUGGGGAGGACGUUGUCACCAUCCCAAAAGGCUUCAACAGUUCUUUUCUGGUCAACAUUGCCACCAUCUUUGAGUCAGAGAAUUUCUUUUUGCCUGGGAUUAAAUGGAAUGGGAUACUUGGACUGGCUUAUGCUACCCUGGCCAAGCCAUCAAGUUCUCUGGAGACAUUCUUUGAUUCCCUCGUGGCACAAGCGAAGAUCCCCAAUGUUUUCUCCAUGCAGAUGUGUGGGGCUGGAUUGCCAGUCGCUGGAUCUGGUACCAACGGAGGUAGUCUUGUCCUGGGUGGAAUUGAACCAACCUUGUACAAAGGAGACAUCUGGUAUACCCCUAUUAAGGAGGAGUGGUAUUACCAGAUAGAAAUUCUGAAAUUGGAAAUCGGAGGUCAGAGCCUUAACCUGGACUGCAGAGAGUAUAACGCGGACAAGGCCAUCGUGGACAGUGGCACCACACUGCUGCGCCUGCCCCAGAAGGUGUUUGAUGCCGUGGUCGAGGCAGUGGCCCGCACGUCUCUGAUUCCAGAAUUCUCUGAUGGUUUCUGGACGGGGUCCCAGCUGGCAUGCUGGACAAAUUCUGAAACACCUUGGUCUUACUUCCCUAAAAUCUCCAUCUACCUGAGAGAUGAGAACUCCAGCAGAUCAUUCCGCAUAACUAUCCUGCCUCAGCUUUACAUUCAGCCCAUGAUGGGGGCUGGCCUGAAUUAUGAAUGUUACCGAUUCGGCAUUUCACCUUCCACAAACGCGCUGGUGAUUGGUGCUACCGUGAUGGAGGGCUUCUAUGUGGUCUUUGACAGAGCUCGGAAGAGGGUGGGCUUCGCAGCCAGCCCCUGUGCAGAAAUCGCAGGUGCUCCGGUGUCUGAACUUUCUGGGCCUUUCUCGACAGAGGACAUAGCCAGUAACUGCGUCCCUGCCCUGCCUCUGAGUGAGCCCAUUUUGUGGAUCGUGUCCUACACUCUCAUGAGCGUGUGUGGAAUCAUCCUUCUUACCUUAAUCAUCCUGCUGCUACUUCCGUUCCGGUGCCGGCAUCUACCCCCAGAUCCCGAGGUCGUCAAUGAUGAGUCCUCUCUCGUCCGGCAUCGCUGGAAAUGAAGAGAAAAGCCUAAACUCUAGCAACCUUGAACUCAAGGAUUAUGACAAUUCAAGGGGCAGCAGGCAGGGGUUAUAAGGCAAGGUUUCUUCCUGUGUCCAUUAGUCUUAAGUCUCUGUUCUGCUCCCAGAUGCCUUCCAGAUUCACUGUAUUUUGAUUCUUGAUUUUAAAGCUUCCGCCUACUCUCCUACUUCCAAGGAAAAUGAUAAUAAAAGACACCUCAUUCGUAAUCAAAACAGAGUGAAUUGGGCUUCAGGCUUUAUGUAGCUGGUUAUGCCAAACUAUCUAGGUGUGCCACACCCCCACCCCCCAAAAGAAAGAAAAGGAAAGAAAAGAAAACCAAGAGCCUUGCUUGUUUGGCUUGUUCUCUUCUCCCUCCUCUCUCUGGAGAAAUAAGUGCAUAUAGUUUAUAACUCUUCUUAGCUAAUGGGAAGCUUUUUGUAUUAAUCACAUUUAAGGGUAUUUUGUACCAGGCUCGGCCUGCGUCAACGUGGUACAAGAAGGCUCACAGUAUGACUGCAGAAGAAGUCUGGGGCCUGAUGGUCUAACCAUCCUGCCCCCUUCUGAGUUGGAAAAAGAGCAGCAGGCCCCUUUUCUGGGUCUCUCUGUGCUCUGACUGGGAGCUGGACUCUACUAGGGAGAGAUGAGCACUCAAGUCCUCACCAGCCUCUUCUGAAGAUGGAAAGCCUUCGAGUGGGAAGGAAACGUACUCUUUGUACUCAAUACUUCCAUAGUAUUGUGGGUAUAAAAGUAAAAACUACCUCUGUUGAGACUUUUUCCCAGGGUCCUGUGCCUGAUGGGGGUACAGGCAGCCUGGUUCCAGCCGCUGCCCUCACCUUAAGAAUCCUCUUUCCAGCAGGCGAGACCUUAUAGGUGCUGAACCACACGUCAACCUGGAGACGUUCUGUCACCAAGCUGGUUACCGUCACAUAAGCUUACUCUUACUUAAAAUGAACAAACACUGUAUUAAGGAGAAAAACAAAUUCUCUUUCACUAGCUUAAUUGUUUCUUUUUCCAACUCUCCUCUGAAGGUAGGUUGCUGAUCAUUCUUUUGGGGAAUAGAGAAAUAGCUAAAUACCCAUACUCCUGACCAGCUCUCCGAGGAAGGAAGGCACAAGACAUGCAAAAGAUGCUAGGGAAUUUCUACUUUUUCCUGUGCUUUGGAACCAUGUGCUUCUCUUUGCAGGACUCCCUAGGCUUGAGCACACCCAUCUGAAACAGCUUAACCAAGUCCGUCAACAGUUGACCUACAUGCGUCUUCCCUUUGGCGUGUUCAGUCUUCGGCGAUGAGUUGGGUGUGCAGUGGUAUCCUUAUUUGGGGAAAUCCACACUUGCUGUCAUUUAUUUGAGGGCUUUGGCAAAAGAAAAGCAGAUGACUUUAACGUGAUGUCAUUUGAAGAAGGGUUUAAAGCCAAUAUCCCUUCUGUCACUGGGUGCCAAGUUCAGGGUUCCCUUUGCAUUGCUAUUGGGAUGGGUUGGAUAUAUACUACAACCCCAUGGGAAGGGCUAACUGAAGUAUCUCCUCUGGCUGGAGUGUUAUGUGUGUUCAAAAUAGGCUUCCUAUGGAUGUUUCAGCCACCUGCCCUGCACACUGUCUCCCCAGGUCACCUCCAUAUUGAGAAAUAGGUGACCGUGCCAAAGAGAUGUGGAGCCACUUAUACAUCUCUUGGUGUCCUCACAGACCCUCUAGAAGCCACAAGAAUCUGUGGGAUUCUUGUGAAGAAGGUUUGAGUUGUGUCUUAGAACGUGGACCUUCUGUGUUCUUCAAGAUUCAUUCAGGCAUGGCCGUGGUGGGAACGAUGCCCUCUUGAAAUGGGAUGAUAGGAGAGUCUGUUAUCAGAAGCUCAUCAUCAUUUCCACUCUCAGCUAGUUGAGAGGUAAUAGUUUCAAAAUACAUUUCAGAGAUAGAAAUCUCUGGAAUUCCAAUUCUCUAUUUGCCCUCUUGGCUUUUCAUGGGUUCCUAUUCUGUGGGCCGCUUUACCUGGGUGUGAAGGCAACAACGCUAGACAGUGCCUUCCCCUUGGUGUGAAAAAUCCAAACCCCUGAAAUAAAAGGAGGGAAUUGCAGGUAUGACCCUGUUAGUUUUGCUACUUAUUUCCUCACUCAGGCAUCUUCUGUUUCAUUUUCCCGUGUUCUGUUUCCAACCUGGGGACCAUUUCUCUAGUUGUAGACUCGCAGGCACUGUUCCCAAAACACUUGAUAAGAGCAAGUUAGAUUUCAAGCUCGGGUAUUUGAAUGAAAUUUGCUAUAAUGCUCUGUAUUUCCUAUCAAAUUUCUCUACCUUUUCAUCUGGGAUGUCAUUGGAUGUGACAUUUUAAUGGAAAUGCUUAAAUUACAAAGGCAUAACUUAGCAACAAGAAUGAAAUAGAUAGUUGAAAGUAGGACAUUCUCCUGGCAUACCUUGCUGCUGAAAAUUGGACUUUGAGUCAAAACCCUGUUAGUGACACUCAACUCCUCCAGUUAUGUAAAUUGAUACUUAGCUUGGCAGACCUUCAAGGAGGCUUGCUUUGAACAGGAAAGGGGGUAGCAGUCCUUUGGGGGUGUCAUUUUUACCUCGCAGCACACUGUGGAAGGUUAUGGAAGAUGGUCCUCUCCGGAAAGACGAAAAUUAGCCUUAGGUUUUUGUCAAAAUCUUGUCAACUCUCUGAUGGGACAUGGAUGCUUCUACAUGAACAAUGUUUUGUUUUUGUUUCUGUUUUUAAUAGGCUGAUGCUUUAUAGUCUUGAUAAUUUAUUCAGAAGCCUGAAAUGAAAUCCUGCCUUCAGAAACUGAAACUUUAUGAAAAAGAGUAAUGGAUGGGGAUUCAUUCAUUCUUUUCCUCUGGAAAAGAACAAGUGAUUGGUGUCUGAUCACUAUGGCAUUUACCAUGGUGAACAAUUCUGUAUUUCUCAUGAACCAAAAAACAAGUACCUGGCAUUAAAGAAACAGAUUCCUUGUGUGUGACAACAGGGAAGGUCUCCCUGAACGCAGUCCACUCCCAAACUUUUGUAAGGAUUUUUUUUUUUACCUGAUUCUGUGUAACGCAGAUGUUGAGGUCAGAGAUAAAUUUGGGGUCAAUUACAGUUCAAAACUAUGAAAGUAACUCACAGUAAUGCAGCAUUAACAACUUCACAGAGCUUUGGGUAGUAGAUUUUGCAAAGCAGUUUUGAUUUGGGGAUUCUGUCAUCUCCUUUAAGAGGAGAGGAAGGAUUAUUUCUUUAUUUAAUAGGUUCUCCUCUCAAAUGGAAAUUGGUUAAAUCCCUCUUACCAAGUCCCCACCGGUGGAGUUGCCAGGCAUGGUUCAGUUCCAAGUUCUGGCCUAGGGCCACUUGAUGUCAUUAGAAAUAAAUCACUGCCCGACAGCUGGUUCCAUAAACAACAAUAAUUGAGUUUCAUAGACUUUAUCCUUAUUAGUAGAAACCAAAUAAUUGAGUGGAAUUCCAGUGCAUUUUUCUCUUGCACAGACUUACUAGAAUUUAUUACAGAACUGUUCAGAGGGAAAACUUGCCACUGAGUUUGUGUUUUUUUUUUUCUUUUUUAGGAAAAACAGCUAAACACCAUAAAAUGUAAAAUUAUGGGUUUUGCCAAGAGGGAUACCAGAUUUCUAGUGCAAAAAACCCUCCACACAACAGAAGUUAGUGUGUGCAUUUCUAGUGGGUUUUCCGAAUUUCAGAUUUGAACUUAUGGCAGUUUACCAAUUAAAUAGCAAGAGAGUGAGUGGGGAGGAAAAAAUAAAAAUAUAAUCGAAAGCGUGCUAACAAAAUAAGCAGAAUUAGCUCUUUUGGAACAGUAGCUUCAAUUCCAGGAAUCCUCAGAUUCCUUUUACCCUUAAAGCUUUACCCUUAAAGUGAUUUAUUUCACACAGCCACAACCCCCAAACUUCAAGAACAUCCAGGCUGGAGUCGUGUGUCAGAUGUCAGCACGGAAACAGUGAGAAAAGGUGGCCCCUUACGCUUACACCGAUCCCGGGGAAGACUGGGGCAUCCAAGGAACACAGAGUAGGUGAUGGUUGGGAGUGGGAAAAUUCUAGAACCUGGGAAGGGUGGUGGGGUAAGAAGUCGUGUCCCUUGGUCAGCAGAUGACUGCAAAGGUCUGCACAAACUGAGAACAACACAGGAUGUCGCAGGAAACUCAUUUCCCUGAGUUUUGGGCACGGCCUACAUUUUUUAGGAAUUUUCCAAGGGAACCCCUCAGGAUGCAUAAUUUGUCAAAGAGAAACUUGCUUUGCGGCCAUCACCCGUGUUCUAACAAAACUAGAGACACCUGAACUCCCAAGCAGGACCCUGUCCUUAGGCUGUAGGUUCAGGGUUGUGCCCUGGGAAGUUCAUAGGGCAGGGGUCAAGGGUCUGGAGCCAAAGGGAGGUUGGCAGAGUUUGGGAUCUGAGCAUCUGGGGAGGCCUCCUGGCUGCAGCCACCCUGGUAGUUGCACUGAAAGCUGGAAAACUCAGAUAUGGCCAUGUCCACCCAGCCCUGCUGGCCAGCCCACUGACUCAGAAAGAGUCCUGCAGCUUCUUGACCGUACUCCUUCUCUGGGGACACCUGCUGUCAGGUACACUUCCAGAAAGAAGGGCUUGAGGGCAGCAGAAGGCUCCCUUGGGGCACUGCUAUGCCUACUGAGAGCCUGGGCACCAGCAUCCUCGAGUCCACGCAGUCGCAGAGUGCACGCCAGCCCUCAUCAGAACCGUGCAGCUCCGGGCUCCCUGGGAGACUUGGUGAGAAUGCCUUCCCUGUGGGGAGAGGGGGGUGGCCAGUGGAAACAGCCUGAUGCCCCAGGUCAGCAACCUUGUGAGAUGUGGUCGUGAGAGCAAAGCCGGGCCUCCUGGUGAUGCAGUCUGCAAAACCUCUAGUUAGUGGGAUCGAGUAGGCGUGUCACAAAGACAAGAUGUGACCAAUGAGUACAGUGUUUUCCCCCCAUCUCUCAGCUUUCUCUGGGUUUCCUAUAAUCAGAUAUUGCCUACAGACGUCCAGUGUUUGUAAACUACAUUGUACUGUGUGACCUCACAGCACACGUGCUCUUAAAGGGCACCCAGUACCUAAAGGCUGGCAAGAGGCACAUGAAGGUUCCAGAUAAACUCAGAUGCAGCCCACAGCACGAGUGACUCCACGGCACCUGAGCUUUGGUGCUCAAGGGCCUCCAUGUGUCCCAUAAAGCCUUCGGGUACUUGCUGGGACACCACUGGCAGAGCGGUGAUUCUGGAUGUGUCGAGCUAGCAUCUCAGGAUACGGGAGAGGGUGUGAAGGUAAAUCUCACCUCUAGAUAUCGGCUGGUCAGGGCUUGCCAGUACCCUGGGAACAGCAAUAAGAAGUGGGCAGUUCUUUUUGCAGGUGGAGAGUCAUUUGUAGAGGAUCACCUGGGUAAAGUUUAAAUUGCACGUAACACACAGGUGUACCCCACACAUAUCAGUCUGAAUAGAAUAUUUUUUGCCAAUGUAGAUUUAUAAAUUAUAUAAUUAUAAAUUAUAGGUUUAUAAAAUAGAUUUUGAAUACAAGCACAGCUGUCAUACUAAUGAUAUCACUAAAAGGAGAUUUGAGGUCUUAAAAAUCUUUGAAACCUAGCCUAAUUUGACACUGAUGUUUUUCCAUACAAUUUCCUUCCUUUUGGUUAGAAUAAUUGGGUUUUUUUGUUGUUGUUUUUUUUUGCGGUACGCGGGCCUCGCAUUGCUGUGGCCUCUCCCGUUGUGGAGCACAGGCUCCGGACGCGCAGGCUCAGCGGCCAUGGCUCACGGGCCCAGCCGCUCCGUAGCAUGUGGGAUCCUCCCGGACCGGGGCACGAACCCGCGUCCCCUGCAUCGGCAGGCGGACUCUCAACCACUGCACCACCAGGGAAGCCCGGAAUAAUUGUAUUUUUAUUCAUGAUGCACGCAUGGAUCAGAAUCGCAUGAGAAGGCAAGUGUCUCCAAGAGGGCUUAUUUUUUCUUCUUUUUAAACGCUCCGUGUGAGGGUAGUUGAAAGUUUCCUAAUAUAACUAAGGUUUCAGCUUGCUUUAAAAUUUCACCUGCGCCUCACGCCCUGGUAGUCAACACUUCUGAGUGAAAGCUAAGAAAACCUUCAAAACUUAUCUCUGUGAGAUAAAAAAUAAGCAAAGCUAAUUAAGGAUUUAUUCACUUAUAAUGAAAAUCACCAAAAAGAAACUUCCGUAACCCCAGUUGCUUUUACAGUUUUGUGUUCUUUGCUGCUAGUAUUAACAACUUGGAAUUGUUUUUUCUCAUUUCCUAAUUGUGGAUGUAAUCUUAUACAUUCUUAUCAGUGAGGCUGGAAAUUCUGUUUAGGGUUGGAAUUAGCAUAAUGAGAGGGAAAAGAAUGAAUGAGAUUUACCAUGUGCUAAUAUGAGAUGAAUUUUUGUAAUCUAGGAUGAUGUAUUUCCUACUGUAUCUGUUAAUUCGCACCGUUAAAUAUACUUAAAAUGUAAAAUCCCUAUGUUCAGUCACGUAAAGCAGCCACUCAUUUUUUUCUCAAAAAGGGUGACUUUUCUGCACCAGCAGUGUUUCUCUUUGGGCUGAAGGGCUACAAGCCUUGUAUUCUAAAAGAAAAAGUCCUGAAAGUAGUGCUUUAGAACAUGUACUUAUGUGUGUAUCUCACAUUUACAUCCUUUAAUACACAAUGCUUAAGUGUAACCUGUAUUUCUGAAAAUGCUUCAGGUUAUUUUAUAUUUCCCUUUUGAAAUUUUCCUCUAUUUUUAGUAUAUCAUGUUGAUUUAAAUCAAAGUCGUGAUAGGACCAGGAGCUGGACUACAGAGGUAUUCAUGCUGUCUGAGAAGAUGCUAUCUUAGCUACUGACAAGUAUUCAAAUUGUUAUGCACCUCAAAAGUGGAAUUUUCUACAAUAAUCUUAUUUUUCUACCUGUCUGUUCCAAUUUGAGAUAUGUACCAUUGAAAAGGAGAUAAAAGAGUUUGGUUUGUUUGAAUAAAUAAUACUUCCAA